AUGGAUGAAUAUCUGAAAGGACUGAUGAAACUUCAACAUGAAAGCAUUGAUCAGGCUAACAUUGAUUGGAGUGCCGCCCUAGAAAGUUUGAAGUAUGAGCGGGAGCUCCGUCAAGCCGAUGCGGAUUGGAUCGCGAGAUUAGAAGAAGCGGUCCUCAAAAUGACAAUUAAGCCGGACCCGGGAACACUCUCCAAUCAGAUGUUGAACGCUUCAUCACUUGGAUUCAAAGCGUUCAAAUUUGUUUUGCUACAAAGGGCGUUAAGCACGACGAUAACAAGAUACAGGACAUUGGCAGCCUCAUUAGGGAGACCAACACGAUUGCCUUCUACGCGAGUGGAUUCAAAGGGUUUCUUGGGAAGUCGUGGUCCGAGUUCAGGACUAAGCUCAUCACAUUUGCACUCCCGCCAAACUGGUGUACGACGUUGA